AUGAAGAAUCAUUGGGAUGUAGUAAAGAAUGAGUGGAAGAUACUCUAUAAAUUGUCAAUUUUUACCAAAUCGGGUUGGGAUCUAGUGAACAAAACAUUCACUGAUGGAGAUGACUUUUGGAAUGACUAUUUGAAGACAUACCCUGAUGCGGCUCAAUUUAGAUACAAGAGUCUUCGUCGUGCAGCAGAUUUAGACAUCAUAUUUGGUGGUACAGAUGCCCAUGGCUAUGAUAGUUGGGCAUUGAAUGAGGGUACAUUACCGGAGGUGGUGCCGUUAACCCAACCGACUCUAGAUGAUGACCAGAUGGAUGAAGAAUUACAACAUGAAAUAGAGACAUCCAUGUAUGCAUCUGAAAAAAUGCAGGAUGCUAAAAGGGUCCCAACAAGCACUCAGCCAUAUAGAGUUGUCAACAGAGAAACAUAA